AUGUCGAACUAUCUCAUCACAGGAGCGUCUCGCGGUCUUGGCCUCGAACUUGUCCGGCAGUUCUCCGCCUUGCCAGAGGAGCAAGUGCGGACGAUUAUUGCUAUUACUCGCAGCGCCAAUGCUCCUGGGUUGGAGAAAUUGAUAGCCGAAUCUCAAGGGCGAGUCGUCAAUAUAGUUAUUACAGACAUUACCGACGAGUCCGUCGUGAAAUCAGCCUUGCCCGAGAUUGAGCGACAGCUGCCCGGCGGAGUCCUGGAUGUCCUCAUCAACAACGCAGGAGUAAUGCCAAUCUCGGCGGGGACCAUGGAAGCCGUCAGCAACUCACAGUUGCAGGACGUCUUCCGGACCAACGUCGGCAGCGUGCAAGCAAUGACAUCAGUCCUUCUUCCCCUGUUGACGCGCGGAAACACCAAGAAGGUCAUCAACAUUUCCACUUCCAUGGGUUCCAUUGCGUUGGUCAACAACUAUGCAUUCGCUCCUACUCACGCGUACAAAAUCACCAAGGCGGCAUUGAAUAUGUUGAAUGCGCAAUAUGCCCUGGACUUUUCCAGCCAGGGUUUUACGUUCUUGGCAGUCUCACCUGGGUGGCUCAAAACCGAUAUGGGAAGCGAACGGGCUGACCUGGAAGUUUCGGUCGGCGCCGAAAGUGUGAAGAGCUGGAUCCUCAAGGCAGACAAGACUUACAAUGGAAAGGCCGUGAACAUCCAUGUUCCUGGGUGGGAGAAUGCCGAGGGACCGAACAAGUAUGAUGGCAAAGAGAUUCCGUGGUGA